AUGGCUGUCGAGGCUGCUCCCGUUCCUCCUGUUCCUAUCACAGAGCUGACCAAGAUCACCUCCGACGCUUGUGAUGUCGCCCUGAAAGAUGCCACCGAGUACGAGCACAGCCUUGUCGGCGCCUGGAACUCUCAGAUUAUCAACACUAUCCUCAAGGCUCUCAUCACCGCCACUACCCCAUCCGAAGCCAACAAGCCUGCGCCUUACCGUUUCACGGUAAACAGCACAAUCGUCCAACAGGGCCUAAUUGACAAGACGGCCGCAGCUGACGGCGCGCAAAGCAAUGCCGGCAAGCGCGGCAUGCACUCCGCUUCUGGUGCAUUCUGGGAUGUCAACCGUGAUGGCAUGUGGACCUUCAAGUACCCCGGUGCUGAGGAGCGAGGUCUUGACGUCGUGGUCAGUGUGACGUGGUUCGCCGUCAACUAG